UGACGUCACAGGGAGUACACCGUGUCAAGCCAAAUAAACUCGUGCAAAAGUGCUGGGUUGAGCGAUCAGCUGAUUAUUGUUUAUUUUUUUUUAGGAUAUAUUUUUUGGAGUCUGAACCCGCAUUCCGCAUUUGCACCAGAGUUUUCUCGUUUGUUUUUUAUUUUAGUCGAUAACUUUCAAACAGCCUCAUUUUCAGCCCCGGAGCUGUUCCGGAGCUUUUCCUAGGUGUGAAAGGAAUACAACUGUAUUCUUUUCACACCUAACAGGAGCUCCGGAACAGUUCCGGGGCUUCACGCGCUUAUUCCUUUCGAAAAGUGUUUGUCGUACCACGCAUCUGUUCCCGCAAAUCGGGGGCUACUAAACACCGGAGCGAGUAGCUCGAGUGUUUCAAGCUCUUGAAAGGAAUACAACUUAUAAUCCAUCUAUCAAAAAGGAAAAUUCAAUAUGGCGUGGCGGUCAAGCAAGCUUGUUUUGAAUAUGUUUUUAUGUGUAUUUUAAAUUAUUUUGCUUAGAGUUUUGCUUGUAACUUUGAUUUUGAUUAUUUAAUACGAUAUUUGUUGACUAGGUACCUAAACUAUUAAAUUGGGAAGAAACUAGAUAUUUUUUUUGUGUUUUUUGGCCCAUGUGUGGCCGCCACGCCAUCUUGAGUGUCACGUGGUUUGAAUUGCCUAAUGGUAACAGUGGUUUGGUUGAACGUUGAACAUUUGCGAAGUUGCGAAUCGUUGACCUUCUUGCGGCUUGCCUUGCCUUGUCCUUGGCCUACAUUAUUUUCAUUUCACCGCUUUGCUUUGCCUCGACGCGGCCUUGCUUUCCUUGCUGAGCGAAUUGCCCGCCCCGGUUAUUUUGUACAUUUUGUAGUGUGUAGGUGAUACUGCCAAAGCCAAGUCUACACCCCAGGAUCAAUACCGAAUUAUCCCUACUGCGGAGCUUAAUUUUCAAACUAAUAACAAUAACAAUAUGAGUUAUCAGUCGGGUCAGAGACCAGGAGCACCCUCCUACCCCCCACAGGGCUACCCACAACAGACACAAGGGGGAGCACAACCCUACCCAAAUUCUCCCGCUUACCCACCACUCAACCCCAAUUCUUUUGGUUACAAUAGUGGCGCUCCCAUGCAAAUGCCACAACCCAUGCCCAUGCCUACCUAUCCACCUAGCGCCCCUGCUGGUUACCCUUCAUACCCACCUCAACCUUCAAGUGGAGGGUACCCACCUUCGGCUUCCAGUGGCGGCUAUCCACCUGCAUCAGGAGGAGGUUAUCCACCUGCUUCAGGUGGAGGUUAUCCUCCUCCUUCAGGGGGUUAUCCACCUGCUUCAGCUGGAGGUUAUCCUCCUCCUUCAGGAGGUUAUCCACCUGCUUCAGGUGGAGGUUAUCCUCCUGCUUCAAGCGGUAGCUAUCCACCUCAACCUUCCAGAGGUGGUUAUCCACCUGCUUCAAGUGGUGGCCACCCACAUGCAGGUGGGUCACCUUCUCAUUAUCAUUCCGCUCCUGGUGCUCCCCCUGGAGGACAAGGAUAUCAAGGACCUACAGGACCAUAUGGUGGAGUUAGUUACACACAUUCAACACCUAGCAUGCAACCAGCUAGACUAAAGAGAACUCCCACAGUUGUCCCAAUGGCGGGAUUCAACCCUCGUGCAGAUGCUGAGGUCUUACGUAAGGCCAUGAAGGGUUUUGGUACUGACGAAAAGGCCAUCAUUAAUGUGCUGGCUCAUAGAACCAAUCAGCAACGAUUGCAGAUUGCUUUCGAAUUUAAAACGCUCUAUGGAAAGGAUUUGGUUAAAGACCUAAAAUCAGAAACCACAGGAAACUUCGAAAAUGUUCUUGUUGCCAUGAUGACUCCUUUGCCAGAAUAUUACGCUCAAGAACUUCAUGAUGCCAUGGCAGGCGCAGGCACUGACGAAGAUGUUCUGAUCGAAAUUAUGUGCACAAAAUCAAAUGAAGAAAUUAUGGUUAUAAGACAGGCUUAUCAAAAAAUAUACCACAGAUCAUUGGAACAAGACCUUAAAGGUGACACUGGGGGCACUUUCAAGCGAUUAAUGGUAUCACUUUGCAAUGCUUGCCGUGAUGAAAGCAUGGCUGUGAAUCCAGACGCAGCUAGAGCCGAUGCUCAAGCGCUGCUCAGAGCCGGAGAAUUGCGUUUGGGCACCGAUGAGAGCACUUUUAAUGCUAUUUUGUGCCAGAGAAACUGGGCCCAUUUACAGUGCGUUUUCCAGGAAUAUGAGAGAUUGACGGGUCAUGAUAUUGAGAAAGCAAUCAAAAAUGAAUUUUCUGGUGAAGCUGAACAGGGUUUGUUGGCUGUGGUGCGUUCCAUCAAGAACCAAGCUGCUUAUUUUGCCAAAUGCUUGAACAAAAGCAUGAAGGGCUUGGGUACUAACGAUCGCGAUCUGAUUCGAUUGGUUGUGACCAGAUCAGAAAUUGAUAUGGUUGAAAUCAAGAGGGAAUAUCAAGCUAAAUAUGGGGAGUCUUUGGCUGAUGCCAUUAAGGGCGACACCUCAGGUCACUACAAGAAAUGCUUGUUGCACUUGAUUGGAGAGCAGCCUUAAUUUAAUCUGUGCAAACUAUGCUUUAGAUCUGAACCGAUCUGCAAAUUAAAUAUAAUAAAUUGUUGCAACCAUUUUAAUCUACAUGUGUUUGACUUAAGUUUUUUUAAAAAACAUUUUAUAUGAAUCUGUAUUUGAUACACUGUCACGUGCAUUUAUGUUUGUUAUACUGUCCCCUUAAUAUUAUUUAUCUACGAAUAAAAUGCUUUAUUUUUAAUGUGUUAUUUCACUUGUGUACUUACUUCUUUAAAAGUAAAUUUAUUAUGGAAUAUGUGAUUGUAAAAUUUUCCAUUUUUUUCUAGGGAGAAUGCUCUGGAGAUUAUGAAAAAUGUCUUGUACAUUUAGUAGGAGAUGCCUAAUUUGUUACACGUUUUUAAACUUUAGAUGGUAUAUUUUUAAUGUGCUUGAUCAAUUUAUACAUAUUCCAGUCCCCAACAAGGAAUCAGUAACAGUUAUAUAUAAUUAUUGGAAACAGUCAAAAUGUUUUUUUUUUAGCUCUGACCAAUCUUUAAUGAAUCCUUGUUGGCAAAACUGUAAUAUUAUUAGGGCCAACAUGAAACACGUUUGCCAAAAAUAAAUUUUUGUAAUGCCAAGUUUUCUCAUUCCCACUAGAAUAUGUAUUUUUGUAAUAUUUAUAAAAGAUCUGUUACUAACUGUUGUGAAUUUUCCACAAACUUUAAAAAAUGUUAAAGCAUGUAUUUUAAUGCUCUAUUUUAUUAUUCAUGUGUCCUGUUUAUGAUAAACAUUGUAUUGUUCGCUUUAAUUGUAAUGUUUUGAAUUUUUUAUUCCAUACCUAUUUAAACAUAUUGCAUACAAUAAACGUUACAAAAACAUUAA